GUGCGGGCGGCGAUGAGAGCGAAAGUUGCGCUGGGUUUGGCGUUGGGGGCUUGAAGCGGCUCCACGCUCCGACCGUCCGGGCCUCCCCCCGCGCCAACUUGCGCGCGUGGGCUCCGGCCGCGCUCGCUCAGCCCCGCGCCCACCCGCGCCCCCUCCCCUCGGCCCGGCGCCCCCUCCUCAGAAGCCGCGGGCCCCCGCCACUUUCUCCCGGCCCCGGCCCCCGUCGAUGCCGGCCAUGGUGGAGAAGGGCCCCGAGGUCUCAGGGAAGCGGAGAGGGAGGAACAACGCGGCCGCCUCAGCUGCUGCCGGCUCGGCCGCCGCCGGCUCGGCCGCCUCCGCCCCGGCCGCCCGCGCCUCCGCCCCGGCCGUCCCUGCCUCCGCCUCCGCCUCGGCCGCCGCCGCCCCCAAUAAUGGCCAGAAUAAAAGUUUGGUGGCGACUGCACCCAAUGGCAACAGCAGCAGCAACUCCUGGGAGGAAGGCAGCUCUGGCUCGUCCAGCGACGAGGAGCACGGUGGCGGCGGCAUGAGGGUCGGACCCCAGUACCAGGCGGUGGUGCCCGACUUUGACCCCGCCAAACUGGCAAGACGCAGUCAAGAACGGGACAAUCUUGGCAUGUUAGUCUGGUCGCCUAAUCAGAAUCUGUCAGAAGCAAAAUUGGAUGAAUACAUUGCCAUUGCCAAAGAGAAACAUGGCUACAACAUGGAACAGGCUCUUGGGAUGCUCUUUUGGCAUAAGCAUAAUAUUGAAAAAUCAUUGGCUGAUUUGCCCAACUUUACCCCCUUCCCCGAUGAGUGGACUGUGGAAGAUAAAGUCUUAUUUGAGCAAGCCUUUAGUUUUCAUGGGAAAACUUUUCAUAGAAUCCAACAAAUGCUUCCUGAUAAAUCUAUAGCAAGUCUAGUGAAAUUUUACUACUCUUGGAAGAAGACAAGGACUAAAACUAGUGUGAUGGAUCGCCAUGCUCGGAAACAAAAACGGGAGCGGGAGGAGAGUGAGGAUGAACUGGAAGAAACAAAUGGAAAUAACCCUAUUGACAUUGAGGUUGAUCAAAACAAGGAAAGCAAAAAGGAGGUACUUCCUACUGAGACAGUUCCUCAGGUCAAAAAAGAAAAACAUAGCACACAAGCUAAAAAUAGAGCAAAAAGGAAACCUCCGAAAGGAAUGUUUCUUUCUCAAGAAGAUGUGGAGGCUGUUUCUGCUAAUGCUACUGCGGCUACCACAGUGCUGAGACAACUAGACAUGGAAUUGGUUUCAAUCAAGCGACAGAUUCAGAAUAUUAAACAGACGAACAGUGCUCUCAAAGAAAAACUUGAUGGUGGAAUAGAACCGUAUCGACUUCCAGAGGUAGGAUUAUGUUAACAUCAUCUCAGAACCCAGGAGUUGGAGGUUGCUGUGAGCUCCAUCAGAAAAUAUGGCCGAGAUUUUCAGGCAAUCUCAGAUGUGAUUGGGAACAAAUCAGUAGUACAAGUGAAAAACUUUUUUGUAAAUUAUCGACGCCGCUUCAACAUAGAUGAAGUUUUACAAGAAUGGGAGGCAGAACAUGGUAAAGAAGAGACCAAUGGGCCCAGUAACCAGAAACCUGUGAAGUCCCCUGAUAAUUCUAUUAAGAUGGCUGAAGAGGAAGAUGAGGCUGCUUCUGUUCUUGACGUCAGAUAUGCAUCUGCCUCAUGAGAAACUCUGGUACCUUUGAACACUUGGUAUGGACUACUGUGUUAUCCAGGAUUUCAGGUAUUACGAGACAUCACCUAGCCAUCUGCAUCACAUCUCUGUGGACAAGCAGCUAUUACCAAAAAAGGCAUACACUUCCAGUCCUGUGCUAUACCUGCCUUAAUUCUUUGCUCGUUCCUCCAUUUUGGCACUACUUCCCAGAGAGCUCAGCUGUAUCUCUCACUAUAUCUGCCUAAGUGCUGGAGAACUGCAGGGCUGCACAACACCUGUAGCCCCAGGAGCCAAGGUCAGAGCCCUCAGAGCCCCAGCAAUGGCAGCUCUUCCCAUUUGACAGCUGCGGAACAGGGAGUCUGCUCAGAAGGCACCACUCUGCUCCUGCAUGGCCUGCGAUUUCUACUUUGUGUGUAAUUCUCAAAGUAACUGUGACCCUGUUGGCCUUCUAGAAAGUUCCUCAUGUUCUUUUCUGAGACAGCCACCUAAGUGAGAUCAUGCUUCUUUGGAAAUCAGAAUAUAUUAGCGGACUGUAUGGUGACCCUUAUCGUGCCAAGCGUCCUGAUGCAAGUCACAUUUUCUUAAAUGUAGGGUAUAAUUACGGUUUAUAAAUUUAGUUGGCUUACAUCCCUUCUCUCUCCCUUUCUAAGUGGUAAAAAUCUCAUUCACAGCAAUUGUUCCUGAACACUGUAGCUAAAAGGGAACAUGGACCUCAGCGCUUUUCUGCCUUCAACUUGCAGCAUUGUGAUCCUGGGGUGGAUGCCACCCCAUCCCUUCCUGACCACCUCCUCCCCCCACCACCACCCAACUCCAAGGGAUUCGGUCCAUAUCACUGUACCUGGUGCUUGUACAUUUGGAAUUGGUGCCUUCUCCUUUUGGCAACCGUGUUAUCAGUCCUUUUUCUGUUUUGGUGUCUUUCUUCUUUAAAGUUUAUUGCUAGCCAAAGAUGACAUCACUGAGAUUAGGAGACAGGGGAGCGCUUGCUGCAGAUUCUGACAGUGUAGAUUUAAAUGUCAAGUUAGCUCAAUAAAGGAUACUAGAGUAGCUGGUGAUGGUUUUAUAAAAGCUGCACAUUGCUCCCCAUUCUCUUACUGUGUCUGGCCUUUUGUAUGGCACUGCAAAUAUCCAUCUGUGUCCUUCAUGUAUGGAUGUGAUCACAUGAACACCUUCCCCUCUUAAUAUCAGAGUACAGGACAGAGAAGUGAUCAACGAACUGGUCUAGCUAGACCAAGAUAAAAAAAAUCUACAAAGCAGUAUAUAAUGCCUUUUAGUUGGACUGGGAACAAAUAAAUUUUUCUAAUGUUUCAAGACUUCCAGAAUCACUUUUGUUCUUUUACCAGACCGUGGACCUGCUAAGGGUUGCAGAGUACCUGUCAAACUGUGCUGUAGCAUACCCUGUGCCCACCCACGGCCAGUCAGACUGCACUAAAUAUGUUAAAGUAGCUAUUGUUGUUACUGUUGUUUGCAUCAUUUAAAUAUUAUUUUCUGCUUUCAAUACCAAAAAGAAAAAAAUGCCCAUGUGUUAAGGCACAAACAGAAUUUGUAAGAAUUUAAAAUAUGCAAUUAAAAUUUGAUGUAUUUUGAUUCCCAAGCACCUUGCCUUUUUUUUUUUUUUAAGUCAGCUGAUUUUCUUUUUAGAAAGAGAGCCAGCUAGAAACCUAGGCGUUUUGAAAUUGUACAUUCUUUUUUAGAACUCUGGAGAAAGGUCAUUCAAAAGGGGAGCACAAUGGGACUUUCCCAAUUUUGAUCACUAUGUCCCUACAGCAGGUGUCUGUCAAUCAAGCAGAAGCCCAUGCAAGGCAAUAUCAGAGGAGCCCCCACUUGCCACUCCUGCUGAAGACAGGGCAGCAUAUAACACUAGUAAGGAACACUGUUAUCAUAGCCUACUGUGUGAUCACAGGGUGGCAGAAAGAACGUGGGAAGGAGUCGCCUAAAUUUUGCACAUCACUGAAAGGGAUACUAAGGCGUGGACUGCAGCUUUGAGUUCUCCUUGCUUCCCUCCAGACCUCCUUCCUAUUAAGAGAAGCAGUGGGCAGUGGUUGCAGUGGGUUUCCCACUCUGCCUAGAGAUCUGUUUCUCUUUACACCCAGGCUAUUUUCCUUAAAAAUUGAUCCCUCCUUGCAAUGCUUAGAAGCUUGGUACCAAUUCUUAUGUAGCAAGGCAAGGAGGUGAGCAGUGCCAGACACUCAUCUGUAUUCUGCACUGCCCCCUCACUCAGCUCUUGGUACUGGGUGAUGGUCUCCAGCCCUGAGAAGUCACUGUGCUGGUCACUUGUGAUCACAGCAGCUAAAUUUGGCUUUCUCCCCCAGGGAAGGGGCAUGUCAUUUUCAUUUGACAGAGGGAAAAAAGGGUAGUUGUCUUUGCCUGACUGCCUUCGUUGUAGUUCAUGCAUAAGAUAGCGUGUGUUUUAAACUUUUCAUUACACUGUCUUUGCAAUGAUGUAAAUGCAAGAAAUCACCUAGCUUUAAAAGCUAAGUGGUUUGAUCUUAUUUAUGUGAAGACUCUUUAACAUAUCAAGAAUUAGGUGCAUUGGCAGGUAGCAUUUGGGAUGUGAUGACUGCUUCAGAUGGAAUGUUCACUGAAGCUUUGUCUUCUUAAAAAUUAUCAAUGUGAAUGUCAUAAUUUUAUAUAUUUUUGUGGAAAAUUUCUCCUAAGUAUAAGUUAUUGUGCAAAAUAUAGUAUCAUUGACACAAAUAAUAGUUUAACUUUUAGUUUAGAAAUUCUAAAAGAUAUAAAUUGUAUUGCAUAUGCAUUAAAAGUUUGUUCUAUUUAAUUUUAUAUAGAUGUGUAAAAUGUUAGGUAAAAUUUUUUUUCACUUAUCCAUUUAAACACCUUGUUACUUGAAUAUUGUGUUAACUGGUCUGUGACAAUGAUCAGUUCUGUAAUAUAGCUCUUUUAACCAGGAAGUGACCAUGCCUCAGUUGUGCUGGUUAGGUUAGUAUGACAUAGUCGGUGCGGGUGUUGGCAGGAGCCAGAUGUUAGUGUAACGCACCCACUGAAUUGUCAUGGUGUAGAGUAUUGGUCAAGACACUGCUUCCUCAAAAUGGUUUUUGAUAGUUUCAAACCUAUAAGAUCCUUUGAUGCUCAUAAACCUCUAACUGAAAAAAUGGAAAAAGUAGUUGGGUUUUAAAAGCUUACUGUGGUGGACUAAUUAAGCAUUUGCUUUCUGUUCAUAUAAAGUUUCCUCAGAUAUUACACACCACUCUAAGUGUGCUCAUUGUCACUUUAAAUUUUAAUUAUACCCUAUUUUUGUCUUUCUAAAUAUCAGAUGUACUAUUGGAAUAAUUGCACACCAAAAAUAAGCCAAACAGUGCAUUACACUGACAGGAUUCCUGCUUUUAUGUGAGCAAUGUAAAGAUGGAGCCAACUCAAAUGAGAGCCUCUUUUUUUCUCUCUUGUCUAGGCCUGUUUCUUAAGCUAAAGACCCAGGAUUUAAGCUUUUAAUAUCAAGUGAAACUUUGCCUCAGAUUGACUCAAAGUAGUUAGGUCAUCAAAAUCUAGUGGUCUUGUGCAAUGCCGUUUCUGCCACUCCCUGGAUCUCUGCAGCUUUUCCUAAUUGUAGUAAAGCACAAUUGCAGUGACGUCGCAAUUCAGAAGAAGGAAGGUCAGCAUAGCCUAUGCAUGUUGUGUAAUCAUGAGUGUUUACAGCCACCUUCUCCUAAAAUGAAAAUUUAUACUGGGGUGGGUAGUAUUCCAUUAUGUAGACUUAUUGACUUUGCUAAGUGCUUUUUAGACUGCUAAAAAAUUUUUCAAGUAUUUUAAAAGAUGUAUAAGGUUAAGUUUGCAAAUAUAAUGGAAAUGCUGUAUAUCUUUUGAAGUGAUAAAAUCCAUGUUGGAAUUUUAAAGAGAAUAUGUUGUAAUAAUGCUGUUGUAAGUAAUAUUUUAAUGUCUCUCUUUGCCUGUUUUCUAUUUCAGCACAUCAUUGUGGUGAAUGUUCAUAGCAUUAUAACUGCUUAGCCAUUGAAUGAUAACAUUUGUUAGUGGAAAUUGGAAAAUUUAUUUGUGAAAUUCUGCAGAAUUCAUUUUUCUAUUUCCAAUAUUUGCUGAAGUUAAAUAAAAAUUUUCAAGCCAUUGAUGUAAUAAAAUACGAAACAAAA